ACAUUAGCAUAAUUUCUAUCCAGCAUCAUCAAUGGUGUUUUGGGUGGAGCUUUACGCAACCCCAUAAUACUCGUCACCCACCCAUCCAAAGAUUCCUUUUCUUCUUCUUCUUCUUCCUCUAAAUCAUUUCUCUCCGGUUCUUUCUUCUAAUUUUGUUUUCCAUCCAAUUCACUUCGCUCCGGUUCUUUUUCCUUCUUUUCCUGAUCCAUGUCACCCCCUCUUUAUAUUUACCAAACGCUGCCGUUUCCCUCACCUUAGUUGUUAUAUCUUACCGUUAAAAAGGAGUUUGUUGCUAUACAUUUUCUCAAGAAAUGGGAAACAGCAGUAGCACAGGCGGUAACGGCCGCCGUAGACACGGAAGCCGACGUAAUGAUCCGCCACCCACGCCGCCUCAGCAGGAAAUUUCGGCCAACCGCUAUGUUUUCGCGGCUGUGACGCCCUACCCGGCCCAGCAGUAUCCGAAUAAUAAUAAUCCUAAUCUUCCACCGCAGUACUACCAGUAUCAAGGCUACUAUCCGCCGCCUCCGCCGUCCAUGCCGGUGCCGCUUCCUGCGCCGUACGAUCACCAUCAUCGUGGAGGUGGUCCUGUGGAGUCCGGACACUGGAGGUACCCUUGCGGGCCCAUGGCGUCGGCUCCUCCGCCGUAUGUGGAGCACCAGAAGGCUGUUACGAUACGGAACGAUGUGAAUUUGAAGAAGGAGACUUUGAGGCUUGAACCUGAUGAGGAAAGUCCUGGAAGGUUCUUGGUUUCUUUCACGUUUGAUGCUACUGUUGCUGGCAGUAUCACUGUCGUUUUCUUUGCUAAAGAAGGUGAAGACUGUAACCUGACGCCAACAAAGGAAAACAUUUUUGCACCAGUGACAGUAAAUUUUCAACAAGGUCUGGGUCAGAAGUUCAGACAGCCUUCUGGAACGGGGAUUGACUUUUCAAUGUUUGAGGAGGCAGAGUUACUGAAAGAGGGUAACAUGGAUGUCUAUCCUCUUGCUGUGAAGGCAGAGGCAGCCCCUGCUAACCAGAAUGGAUCUGAUGGAAACUCUAUUCCUGGACCCACGAAUUCUCAGAUAACUCAGGCAGUAUUUGAGAAAGAGAAAGGUGAAUACCAGGUCAGAGUGGUGAAGCAGAUUUUGUGGGUGAAUGGUAUGAGGUAUGAGCUGCAAGAGAUAUAUGGGAUUGGGAAUUCUGUUGAAGGUGAUGUCGAUGCAAAUGACCCCGGAAAAGAAUGUGUCAUCUGCCUAUCAGAACCACGUGACACAACUGUGCUUCCCUGCCGACAUAUGUGUAUGUGCAGUGGAUGUGCAAAGGUUCUGAGGUUCCAAACAAAUCGGUGUCCAAUUUGCAGACAACCAGUUGAAAGGCUUUUGGAGAUUAAGGUCAAUGGGCCUGAGGAAUGAAAACCGCAUAUGUUGCUGGCACUAGUUUUAUGUAUAGUAGUUGCUGUCUUUCUAUAGUUUCCCCCUCUUUAAUUUCAUUUUUUUUUCCACUUAGGAAAUUUCCUGCCUUUUUAAUAAAGGCAAUGAGGUAUGGCAAGAAUGAAUUGCUGGCAUUGCGCCAGAAUUAUAUGCAAGACAGUGCCUUAUGCUUUGCAAGUGUGAGUGCUUUGAGGCAAUUCCUCAUAAUUUUUAUCAUAUGAAAUAUAAUGUAAGUUUGCUGGGUUUGCUUCAGGAAAUUUCCAAACAUUUUAAUGCUGGUUUUGUU